AUGCUGCCCCUCGAACUCGAGUGCGCCGACCAAGCUUCCGAUCUAUGGCACUUUGGAGAGACCCUCCCCGCAGACUCGUGGUGCUGCGACAGGACACACUUUGGCGUCGCCGUCUUCAACAGCCAGGGUACCUUCCUCGCCGCGGCCUGCGCUCCCUCCGACCGGCCCCUGGCGCCCGUCACGGCGGGCUACUUCCAAGCCAAAGCGACGCGGCCGUCAUGGGGGUGCACCGGAGCACUGGCGACCAACCUUCCCACCCCCACGGCCACUGGCUCGCCGUCUCCGACGGCCUCGACCUCGACUCAGCAGCGCGCAUCGACUCUGGGAAAGGGCGGCGUCGCCGGGAUCGUGGUCGGCUGCGUCGCGGGCGUGGUGCUUGUCGGCGUGGCCUCGUGGUUCGUGCUGCUGUUCCGCCGGACGCGGCGCGGCGCGGAGCGGAUGGUCGGCGGCGCGGCGCAGGGUCAAGACGCGGCGGACGGGCCGGGGCGCGGCGAUGCAACUCCUGGUUCGUAUCGGCGGCCGUUGGUGGAGCUGGGGACGACGCCGCAGCAGGUUCCGGCUCAUGAGAUGGGAACCUAG